AUGUUGACUUUAGAAGUAGAGCCGGGUUCUCGCAAUAGGAUCCUUGAGGAAGACACCAACUCAGAUUCUAGCCUAUCAAUUAUUUCCCAAGGCACUAAGCUUCUUAGUUGUAUAUCUAUGAGGGAUCCCAAUGUGUCCACCCCAAAUGAUACGCUCUUCGACAUCGAUUUUCUCGAUGAUACCAGUGUCACUCCAAAUAACGGGCCACAGGCUCCAUUUGACCGGCCAAGUCACGAUUUUCUGGACCUCGACGAAGAAAUAACACAUCCCACGGAAGGCAGAAGAGCUGAUGGCUUGCUGCGUGGAUCGCACGACGUAUUCUCGGACAAUAACGAUGAUAGUAUAGAAAAUGACAUUGUGGAAAAUCCAUUUUCGGACCGGCAAAGGGAAACAUUUAUGGCUGGUCACGAUGAUCAAUUGAAUCGUUUUACGCUAAGCCAACCUUCGAGGGCUCAAAGAAUUUUCCGGUCUCUUAAGACCGGCAUUGGUCUUGGUGCCAAACAGGACCAACAAUAUCAAAGUUUCGAAAUGCAGACUCUCGGCGAUACCAGGCAUGAAAAUGGAUAUGCGAAAUCGCGUAAUAAGUUUGACAUGAAGAUUCUGUUCAACAAGUACAUUAUGCGUAAAAACAUCGCAAAUCCAGAUGACAGAAUGACGUUUCGUUCGAUUAGCAUUAACGAUGAAAACCUACAUGCCAACUCUGGAUUUGGAGACAAUCACAUCUCAACCACCAAAUACAAUGCAGCGACUUUUUUACCUAAGUUUCUAUUUCAGGAGUUCUCAAAGUACGCCAAUUUGUUUUUCCUUUUCACAUCGGCUAUUCAACAGGUUCCUAAUGUUACGCCGACGAAUAGAUUCACUACAAUUGGUACGUUAUUGAUAGUAUUGAUUGUAUCCGCAAUCAAAGAAUCCGUCGAGGACAUUAAAAGAGCUAACUCUGACAAGGAACUCAACUAUUCGAGGGCAGAAGUUUUCAGUCAAGAAAUGCAAGAUUUCACUUCAAGGAAGUGGGUAGAUAUAUCUGUCGGAGAUAUCAUAAGAGUCAAAUCAGAAGAAGCCAUACCUGCAGAUAUCGUGCUUCUUUCUUCCUCAGAACCAGAAGGGCUUUGUUAUAUUGAGACUGCCAAUCUGGACGGUGAGACUAAUUUGAAAAUCAAGCAGGCUCGCGUCGAGACUUCUAAAUUGAUGGAUAGCAGAGAUCUUGCCCAGUUUUCAGGAAAAAUCGAGUCCGAACAGCCUAACUCCAGUUUAUAUACCUAUGAGGGAACGCUUACAUUUGGUGGGAAAAGAAUUCCCCUGAGCCCUGAACAGAUGAUCUUGAGAGGCGCAACACUUAGGAACACUGCUUGGAUCUACGGCAUUGUCAUUUUCACUGGUCAUGAAACCAAGCUGAUGCGCAACGCGACAGCAACACCUAUCAAGCGGACUGCAGUUGAGAGGGUGAUUAAUUUACAAAUUGUUGCCCUUUUCGGUGUUUUAAUUACACUUGCACUGAUUUCCUCCAUUGGUAACGUUAUUAUGGUGUCGACCGACGCAGAUCAUCUUUCUUAUCUUUAUUUGGGUGGGACAAACAAGGCGGCCCUUUUCUUCAAGGAUCUGUUAACUUAUUGGAUUUUAUUCUCAAAUUUGGUGCCAAUUUCGCUAUUUGUGACCGUGGAGAUGAUUAAAUAUUAUCAGGCCUACAUGAUUGCAUCAGAUCUAGAUCUUUAUGAUGAGCAAACUGAUACGCCGACUAUAGUGAGAACCUCGUCAUUAGUCGAGGAGUUGGGACAGAUCGAAUACAUUUUUAGCGAUAAGACCGGAACUUUAACGAGAAAUGUUAUGGAGUUUAAGUCAUGUUCAAUUGCAGGUCGAUCUUACAUCGAAGCGGUCCCCGAGGAUAAAGGUGCCACAAUCGAGGACGGUAUUGAAGUUGGUUAUCGAAAAUUCGAUGAAAUGAAGCAAAAGCUAGAAGAUCUGCAUGAUCCUGAAUCCAAAGUAAUCUCAAACUUCUUGACGCUCCUAGCUACUUGUCACACGGUCAUACCAGAAUUUCAAGAUGAUGGUUCAAUAAAGUACCAGGCUGCGUCGCCAGAUCCCCUGUGUGCCUUGGUGGAGGGCGCUGCAAUGCUGGGUUACAAAUUUGUGAUUCGUAAACCAAAUUCUGUCACAAUUGAUAUCGAGCAGACGCACUCGCAACUCGAAUACCAGCUAUUGAACAUCUGUGAGUUCAAUUCUACGAGAAAGCGCAUGAGCGCAAUUUUCAGGAUGCCGGAUAAUAGUAUCAAGCUUUUUUGCAAGGGAGCAGAUAGUGUGAUCUUGGAGAGGCUAGACAAGGAAAAUAACCCUUACACGGAUGCGACUUUAAGGCACCUUGAAGAUUACGCCUCGGAGGGCUUACGGACAUUAUGCAUUGCGAUGAAAGACAUCCGUGAAGAAGAUUAUUUGAGCUGGGCACUAAAAUAUGAAGGGGCCUCCACUACGUUAGAAAACAGAAACCAAAAGCUCGAUGAUGUUGCUGAGCUCAUCGAACAGGAUUUAACUUUAAUUGGCGCAACCGCUAUUGAAGAUAAACUCCAAGAUGGUGUUCCUGACACAAUUCAUACUCUACAAGAGGCGGGAAUAAAAGUUUGGGUUUUGACAGGGGAUAGGCAAGAAACUGCCAUUAAUAUUGGGAUGAGUUGUCAUCUUCUAAGUGAGGACAUGAACCUUUUAAUAAUAAAUGAAGACAACGUCAAAGAUACUCAUAAAAAUCUAAGAGAAAAGUUGAAAGCUAUCAAUGAUCAUCAAAUUUCCCAACAGGACAUAAACAAUUUAGCCCUUGUGAUUGACGGUAAAUCUCUGGGCUUUAUUCUCGGAACUGAAUUGGAAGAGAGCCUCUUAGAGAUAGGUACUCUGUGCAAGGCCGUGAUCUGUUGUAGAGUUUCCCCUCUCCAAAAAGCCCUAGUGGUAAAAAUGGUAAAAAACAGAUCGAAGUCACUACUUCUAGCCAUUGGCGAUGGAGCCAACGACGUGAGUAUGAUUCAAGCUGCACAUGUUGGCAUUGGAAUUAGUGGGAUGGAAGGUAUGCAGGCGGCGCGCUCAGCGGAUUUUGCGGUGGCUCAAUUCAAAUUCUUGAAAAAGCUUUUACUCGUUCAUGGUUCAUGGUCUUACCAGCGCAUCUCGCAAGCGAUCUUAUACUCAUUUUACAAGAAUAUCGCACUUUACAUGACUCAAUUCUGGUACGUUUUUGCCAAUGCCUUUUCGGGACAGUCCAUCAUGGAGUCAUGGACAAUGACCUUUUACAAUCUUCUAUUCACGGUGCUUCCACCUUUUGUUAUGGGAGUGUUUGAUCAAUUUGUUAGCAGCAGACUUCUUGACAGAUACCCGCAAUUAUACAAACUUGGUCAGAAAGGACAAUUCUUUUCGGUCACAAUCUUUUGGGGUUGGGUAAUUAAUGGGUUUUAUCACUCUGCGGUAACGUUUGUGGGUUCGAUAUUAUUUUACCGCAAUGGCAACGUUCUCAACAUGCAUGGCACUACCUCAGAUCAUUGGACUUGGGGUGUCGCUGUUUACACCGCAAGCUGUAUGACCGUCUUGGGCAAGGCAGCUUUGGUGACGAAUCAGUGGACAAAAUUCACAGCUUUUGCCAUACCUGGCUCUAUGGUAUUUUGGCUUGUGUUCUUUCCCAUUUACGCCAGCAUAUUACCGCAUGCCAAUGUUUCUAAGGAGUACUAUGGCAUAGUCCCUCACGUUUACGGAUCAGCAACCUUCUGGUUCAUGUGCUUAGUUCUGCCAGUUUUCUCCCUUCUCAGAGAUUUCAUCUGGAAGUAUUACAAGAGAACCUACACGCCAGAGCCCUACCAUGUUGUUCAAGAGAUGCAAAAGUACAAUAUCGGUGAUUAUAGACCUCGGGUCGAGCAUUUCCAGAAAGCCAUUCGUAGGGUAAGGCAAGUACAGAGAAUGAAGAAACAAAGAGGGUUUGCCUUUUCUCAAAGUGAGGAAGGAGGACAAGACAAAAUUAUAAGGAUGUAUGACACUACCCUCAAACGGGGAACUUACGGUGAGCUACAGGAUGCUUCUGCCAAUCCUUUCAAAGAUUAUUAG